CAUAACUUGACAUUGAAAUAGUGAGAUAAGACAACAUAAGAUAAGAUGAGGCUUUAUUGAUCCCUUUAUGAAAUUUUAGGUGUUGCCGCACCAGGACAGUACAGUGCAAGUUAGAUACAAAAUCGACUACUACUAGUACAACAACAACUACUACUACUUACAUUAAUAAUGAUAUAAAUAAUAAUAAUAAAAAGCUACAGUUUGCUGAAAAACCACCAACGUUAAAUAAAAGUCUGAAGUGAUGGAUGUUGACAUUUGUGCAUAUAAUGAACGAUAAUGAUGAACUUCAGUAGGACAACUGUUCUUGAAAAACAAGUAUUGCUCCAAAAUGACACGAGUAAAUAUUUAUAUCUUAAACUUACUGAAUGUUUAUUUUUUUUUUUAUCCGCUGCUGCUGCAGGGAUAAAUAUCUUGUCUUGCUUCACUUCUUGAAAGUUGUCUAAAUUCCCUGUGGUACUGGAAUGCAUCACAAGUGUUUACGUUCAAUAUGAAUCUCUGCGACCUGAUUGGUCCAGUGUAAUUAGACGCGGGAAAACAAUGGCGCAAAUUCUUGACUGAAUGAGCAUCUAACUUUCUCCAUUGGUCAUAUUCCUGCAUUUUUUUUGGACCUCCCGCUAAGUAGCUGCUGCAUUUGUAGAAGAUAAACAAAAUGUUUUACUAUCCAAACGUCCUCCACCGCCAUACUGGAUGUUUUUCGACAAUUUGGUUGGCUGCCACUAGAGGUACCAGGGUGACUCGCAGAGAGCUUCUCAGAGUUAAUGUCAAGCGAACAUGUGGUGACAUUUUGGACUAUGUGACUGCACAAGUUCCUCCAUCCCAACCCAACCUACCCAGGCCUCAGUUCUCUCUGUAUCUGUCAUCCCAGCUGCAGUAUGGAGUGGUUGUAGUCUACCACAGACAGUGUGGCUUCCUGCUCGCGGAGGUUCAACAAACCAUUGACCGCCUGCUGAGCUUUAAGAGAUGUAUACGUAUCGACUUGGCUGAAUCUGACAGAGUGGCCUUGGAUGUUCCUGACAGUCUGUACAUGAUGGAGGAGGCUGAGGGAGCUCACGAUCCUUUCUUUGGUGUCAUGGAAUCACACCAACUCCCCAGCCCCUAUAAAAUACACCAGACAGAGUUUGUGAUGGAAGAGGCUGGUUCACAGCACUCCCUGGUGCCCAGUCCCCACACCGCACCAGACAGAGAGGGUUUCAGGUCACCUCCAGCCGCCAUCACCCUGACGGAGAAAGAGCAGUUCGUCAUCCCUGCUGCUGAGUGUUUUGAGGGAGACGACCUUCCUGAAGUCACAGCCAGAGAGAUCGACCUGUUGAUGGAUCAACCCGACCAGUUCCGUAGAGAAGGAGAUGAGCAGCAGAGAGACAGGAGGACCAGGGAGCUUGAAGGAGCCAUGACGUCCAUUGACCAGUUGAAGGAGACGAUGCUGGGAACCGAGCGGGACAGUGUGUGGUUGCUGGACGAGGGGUCACGUCAGCUUGUGGACGGUCCUCUUGCAGCUGCUGUACAAGAGAUGACCCCUGUGCAUGUUGCCAUGCCAACUCCACCCUCUGGGUCAUCUGGGAAGGUGGCUGUUCCUCCUCUGAGAAAGGCUGUAGGAGGACGUAAGCGUCAGCUGGUCUUUGCAGACCCUUGCACCCAGAUAUCUGAGGGAGCGAUGCAGGAGCAGAUUGGAGACCGGCUGACUGAGACUCUGAACCUGUCUGAGGUGUUGCUGGACUUCCAGACGUUGACCGAGCAUGCCGCCCCUGCUCAGCUCUUCAGCGCCCCCUGUGGAUCCAUGCUCCAUGCUGACCUCCAGUCGCUAUGGAAACAGCAGGCCUCCCUCUCCGUCCACCCUGGACAUGGCGAGCAACGGAGAGAAGAGGAGGAGGAGGAGGAGGAGGAGGAGGAGGAGGAGGAGGAGGCGAGGGGGGAGUCAGAGCAGGACAAGGAAAUACUCCGGACGGAGAGGAAGAGGAGGAAUUCAUGCAUGAAGGAGAUAUCCAGUGAACCCGGGCUGCAGCCGUCAGAGGGCUCAUCUGUGUUAGACGUGGACAUGUCCAGAGAAGACAAAUCUCUGAGCGAUGCGAUUAUUCCCACCAGCAGAUGGUCCCCGCAGGAGGAAGUCCAGCCACCGAUGGAGCCGAUAGCAGAGGAAAACAUUGAGAUGCCCGAGUUCCACGCGGACGCAGAGACUGGAUCACCUCCAGCCUGCAGACCUUUGGUAAAGUCACCUUUGACUCUUUGCUGCCCCCAGAGACCGACCGCACCACUGCAGCUCAUACGCUCUACAAACUGCUGGGUGAGGAUGUUGAAAAUCGAGUGUUGUUUCAUCAUUAGACACAUUCUCAUUCCGUACUGAUGACCUAUAAACUCAUUUAACAGAGACAGUGACAGAAAUGUUAAUCUGGGACGUUUCUCCUCCCCAGAGCUGCUGUCUGCUGGACAAGUGACUGUACGUCAGACUGAACCCUACACAAACAUCACCAUAAACACUGUCUGAACACUCAGUGUCCAGUGUAGAGUUUCAUCUCAUUGUUGAAUGCUGUUGUGAUCCAUAAUGAAUUUGAUCCCAACACUUUUAUUACCAUAAGAUCAUCAAAUAUCAGUAUUAAUGUUUUAAUGCGUAAUUUUUAAAUUUAUUCUGCAGAGUAAUAUAUUGAACUUUUACUCAAACAUUUAAAAUGUUUUUUAACCUUUUUAAAUUAUUUUUUAAAUGGUCUUUUGUUCCAAAGCAUUGUUCGUAACGCUGUGUUUUAAUACCCACAGAAUUUGUUAGCGUUCCAUUAAGGUUUUAAAGUGAUUCUGUUUUUAAUCUUGUAUGGAUUUUUGUCCCUUUAAAUGUUUUUAAACCACACUUUUUAUCCAGUUUGCUCAUUUUAACUUUAACCUAAUAAAAUGUUUUUUAUUCAAGGAAA